UACAACAGAUUACUAGAAAUGUUUGUAACCAUGAAAGGGGGUUCAUUUAUUUUGACAUUGUUUUCGAACAUAGUACUUGUGCUCUGUCAGUCUGAUAAUGUGGCCUUCACCCUGGGUCAAACCAAUCACCUGUACCUAAGCCAUGGAGAACAGCUAUCUUAUAAUAAGGUCGUCACAAACUUGUCAGCUCACUUUGAUUCUGCGGGCUCUUUCGUUUGCAGAAAACCAGGGUUGUUUGCCUUUCAUUUCUUUUCUCUGGCUCACACACAAAGUAAAAUAUGGAUCGAACUUUACAAAAAUACAAAUUACGUGUGUUCUAUUCAUGGUUACACAUCACAUGGUUAUGCCGACGCGGGUAACUCUGUAAUGCUUCACCUAAAUGAAAAUGAUAUAAUCAGCAUCAAAUCGCAUGCAUCAACCAACACCACUUUGUUUGGAACCGCUGAUGAAAUUUAUACAACAUUCACAGGAGUUUUGCUGAAGCCCGACACAGCUGAGUAUGCCUAUAAAAAAGUUACUUUUUCUGUGGGUCUUGACCACCACUUUCACGCAACAAACGGAGAAACAGUCAUGUACAACGACAUCAUUCUUAACAGUAAUGCUUACAAUACUCUCACUGGAAGGUUUACAGCCCCACUUGAUGGCACUUAUAUAUUUCAUUAUCACGGACUUGCUCAGAAUAAUCAACUCAUAUGGCUUGAAUUGUACCAUAAUGGAGACUACGUGAAUGCUGCCUAUGGUCACACUGUUUCUGGUUUUGCUGAUGCUGGAAAUACCGCCAUUUUACACCUUCAUGCCGGGGACCAAGUGUAUGUCAAGGCACGAAACGGUAGAGUCGUGGAUGUGUUUGGUACUCCGAAUGAAGUGUAUACAACAUUUUCAGGAACCCUUUUGGCUCCCCUAACCCAUGAUUCAGAUGAUUCUCAAUCAGAAAUGUCAUUUUCCGUUGGUCUUUCGCACCAUUUCAGUGGAAUGACACUGAUUUUUGAUCGCGUGUUCUCCAAUCGAGGCGGUGGAUAUAACCCAUCCACCGGUCACUUUACAGCCAAAGAAAGUGGAGUCUAUGUGUUUCAUUUCCACGCACUGUCUCGUUCAGAUGCUAAAGUGUGGGCUGAACUUUAUCAUAACUACCACUACAUUGACUCUUUGUACGGUAGAUCUAACGGUGAAUUUGCCGCUGGAAGUAAUGCCGCGGUCAUUGAUUUGGUUGCUGGUGAUACCGUGUUCCUGAAGUCCAGACAGUCUACUAACUCUUACUUUGGUACACCAGAUGAAGUAUACUGCACUUUUUCUGGAUACAAACUGGACACCUUUAAAGAAGAGUUAGUUAUCGGAAACCCGGGAGAGAUUAUCGGCUAAUUCAGAUGAACCAUGGACCAUGCAAUACGUAUUUCAAAAGUGAAAAUAGUAUCAUUAUUGUCAUUAAUAUGUUUGGGU